AUGCAUACUCAAAUUAUUCUGAAAGCUGAUAAAAAAGUUCUUUUUUGUUCGUUUGUGUAUGCUCACAACUCGUAUACUGAGCGACGAAAGCUUUGGGAUGAGUUGAGAAUGCAUAAGCUUUUUGUUAAAGAUAAACCUUGGGCUGUGUUGGGUGAUUUUAAUGCAGCUCUAUUAGUGGAGGACUCGAGUAUUGGCUCAUCAUCUUCUAAUAUAGCUAUGCGGGAAUUUAGUGAAUGUGUUAAUGGUAUUGAAGUAAGGGAUUCCAAUAUGUCUGGUUUUUUUUACACUUGGAAUCAGAAACCAAAUGGAGGUAUGGGUAUUUUGAAGAAGUUGGAUCGAGUUUUAGCUAAUCUUGAAUUGUCAGAUGAAUUUGUUGGUGCUAAUGUAGUAUUUCAACCUUUUAUAACUUCAGAUCAUUCUCCAGCGAUUCUCAAACUUCCUAUGGUCUCUAAACCAAAAUCUAAUCAGUUCAAGUUCUCUAACCUCUUAGUUCAUAAUCCUAAAUUUAAAGAGCUUGUUUCGCUUGGAUGGAAGGACAACGUGAAAGGAAUACAUAUGUAUUGGGUAGUUGCGAAGCUGAAAGCAUUAAAAAGGCCACUUAAAAGAUUAAUGUUUGAACAAGGUAAUCUUCAUAAGAAUGUUGAGAAGCUUUGGGUGGAACUAGAUGAGGUCCAACGUGCUAUGGACAAGGACGCUUCUAACCUCCUUAUUCGUGAAGACCAUGCUGCAAUUUUAAAUGUUUAUAACGCGGCUAUAUUAGCAGUGGAGAGGUUCUUGAAGCAAAAAUCAAAAGUGCAUCGGUUACGGGUUGGUGAUAGCAAUACCGCUUAUUUUCAUAAAGCAGUGAAAGGUCGUGUUGCUAGAAAUAGAAUCGAUGUUGUCAUUGAUAAAUUCGGGAUUAAACAAGAUGGUGUCGCUGUUUUUAAAGCUUUUAUUGAUCACUAUUCGGAGUUUCUUGGUAAGCAGGGUAAUACUAUCCCUUUGAAUUCGUUUGAGCUUUUUUCUAAAAAAGUUUCUGAUCAUCAAGCUAGGGAAAUGAUUCGAGCUAUCUCUAAGGAAGAAAUUAAAAAUGCUAUUUUCUCGAUGGGGGAUGAAAAAUCUCCUGGACCAGAUAGUUUUGCAGACGAUCUCUUUAUUUUCUUGCAUGGAGAUGUGGCCUUUGCUUCUGUUAUAAUGGAUGGACUCAUGGAAUUCAAAGAUGUUUCUGGUCUUUCACCUAGUUUGGAGAAGAGCACGGCAUAUUUUUGCAAUGUAUUAAACUAUGUGAAACAAGAUAUUUUGGGGAUUUUACCUUUUGAAGAAGGUUGA